AUGACAAUAACUUCCGAUAAAAACGUUAGAAAAAUAAAACUUGUUCGCAAUAACAUAAUUUCUUUAGAUUCAGUAAAUUCUAUGAAAUCCACAAUCAAGACAAUGUUAUACGAAGCAGAACAAGAAAGUCCUGAUGGUGCACUUGACGGUGCGAUUAAAGUCGUAACUUUAAUCGAUACAUGUAUUGAGAUCCUUAAAAGUAAAGGAUUUUAUUAUAAACAAACUCAUUUAUCGGGUCAAGCAAUUAUACAUGGCUCAAUUACAAAUGAUUUUGCUAUUUUGGAUAUCCAAUGCGAUGAUAAUAAUGAAUCUGGUGUUAAAAUAAAGAAUUCAAAUGCCCAUAUCAAAAGUAAGAUUACAAAGGGUAAAGGAAAUGCGCGUUAUGACCAUGUAAUUAAGAAUGGAUCCAAGAAGACUUCGAUACAAACAGAUUCUAAACGAACUUUGGGAAGAUUAGAUAAUGUUUCAUCGGCCCAAACCAAAUCAAAACGUGCAUCAAAGGAAGUCGAUAGGACUGAGAUGAGAACAAAUUUUACGCGUUCGAAGGAAGUUGAAGCUCAAUUAAUGAGAUUAGGUUCUAAACGAAUUUCAAAGAAUGUUGAUACUUCAUCGGCGAAAUUAAGAACUUCAAAAAGAGUUGAUGAUACUACUAAAAUCAUCCCACCGGCGAAAACAAAUUCUAAGCGACCUUCAAAUGAAGCUCCGUUAUCAAAACCAAUUUCAAAACCAAUUUCAAAAGAAAUUUUUGAUAGAGUUGAUAUUCCCCCAUUUUCAGAAAAUUCAAGUCAUAUCGCCGAAUUUAUCUACCCUUUUUCGUUCAAGAAAGAUUUUAUCGACACAGAAUUUCCCAGAGAACAAUCACCAGACGAAGAGUUUGACAUUGCCAAGUUAGACCAUAUGUUCGUUAAUCCUUUUGCAGAAAUUUACGGCGAUGAUGUUAUUGAAGAUAGUAUGACUGAUAACAUUUUGGAUGUAAGGGUAACUGAACCACCCUUUCAUGUCGAUACUGCAACCAUCGAUACGUCUAUUUCAUCUAAUAACAUGCAACUUUGUACGGAAAAUAAAAUUGAACAUAUGCUCGAAAACACAAUUUCUAAGUUUGAACCAUCACCUUAUUGGGCUGAUAUUACGAAUUUUAAUAACAUAGGAAUUGACACAUCGUCUGCAUCUUGCAAGGAAUCAUCGGAAAUUCAGAAUCAAAUUAACAUUAACAAUUUUAAUAUUGAUAGUUUGACUAACAACACAUUAAAUUUUCCUGAAAAUGCCACGAUUAAUAAUGCAAUUAACUUUAAUGCCUCUACGAACCAACCUGCAUUAGAGAAUGGUGAUAAUAUUAACGCUAUGAAUGGUAUUGAUAACGUUUUGACAUAUCAAAUGGAAACUUUUAUGGAUGCUUUAGCUUUGUCUGAUGAUAAUACUUUUUCUAUGUUAAAUACGGGUGGAAAUAUUAACGAUCUUUCCGAGGUGUUUAUGCCAACGUUUGCUCCUACCGAUACUAACAAUUCUGACCCUACAACAUCCGAUAACUUAAUGGAUAUUGACAUGAACUCUUAUAUAAAUGACAUGAGUUAUGGUAUUGAUGAAUUUAACGUUGAUGGUAUUAUUCCUUCGGAUCAGACUAUUGGAAUCGAUGCAUUAUUUCAUUUUGAUGGUGAUGUGGCAACAGGUUCAGGAUACGCUGUGGAUCCUACUGUAGUUAAUAAGAAAAUUGCUCCUAAAGCCAAGGCUGCAUGUUAA